AUCCAGCCAAAACGCAUCCACCUGCAAGCCUAGAAGAGUCUAUUCAUCAAUAACUAAAUUGUCCAGUACCUUGAUCUUGGAUCCUCCAUUCUCCAGAACAGGGGUCUCCUUGCUGCCGGCCAGGUAGGUCACCAAGCGGGUCGGGACACCAUGGGACUGGCCAGGCCACAGCUGCGUCCAGGACUGGGCGAGGAGCCAGGACGGGGCCUUUCGGCGCCAGCGAGUCCCAGGGCCCGGCAGCUCCUGGCGCGGUUAGACGCGCGCCCCCUGGCGGCAAGAGCUGCGGCGGACGUGUCUGCGCUGGCACGAAAGGCGAGCGCCACUUUGCGCCUGCGCACCAAGGAGGCUGUUGAUGUUUUGGACUCUGCGGAUAUAGAAGUCACAGACAGUCGUCUGCCUCAUGCCACCCAGCAUCGCCAGUCUCAGGCCCUGAGCACUUGUACCAUGCCACCUCGAGUGACUCAGGGUAAGGCAAGUUGUGCUUCAAAGCUACCCCAACCCUCUGGUCAGUUCUCCGUGGAGCUUCUCCGUAGUCCCGCAGGCUUUGGUCUUACCUUAAGCGGAGGCCGAGGUGUAUCUGGGGAUGCUCCACUGGCUGUAGGCGGGCUGCUGAAGGAUGGGCCAGCACAGCGCUGUGGUCGUCUGCAGGUUGGUGACCACGUGCUCCAUGUCAAUGGAAAGUCAACACAGGGUCUCACUCACGCCCAGGUUGUGGAGCGGAUCCGUGCUGGAGGCCCUCGUCUCUGCCUGGUACUCCACCGACCUCAGGAGAUUCAUGCCAGCAGGCUUGAGGGGGCUGGAGGACGGCAGCAGGGAGAUCGCAUUCCAGACCCUAAGGUCCCAGAGACCUUGAAGUCUCGAAGCAUCAGCAUUUCUCCAGUUCACCACCCGCCCAAGAUCCAGGCCCGCCAGGAGCCUCGUCUGGAGACAGUGGCCGAGGGCCUUGCAGUUUCUGCACCUGAGCAGCGCACAGAGGACUUGGACGACCUUACCCCCGGUUCCCCGGGGCCCUGGCUAGUGCCUAGCGAGGAACGCCUCUCGCGCGCGUUAGGGGUCCCCGGGACAGCGCCGCUUGCUCAGGAGAUGGCUGCCGGAAGGCGGAGGCACUGAUCAUACGUUACUCAGCUCUGUGUUCACUUGGUAAGGUCCAACCUGGAUCUCGCGGGCCCGAUGGCCAGGCAUUUCCUUGAGAUCUUCUACUUGGUCUCGUCCUCUCUUCCGCUGCGCAGUCAAUUGGCCUACACCCCCCCUUAAGGGGUCAGUGGUACAGCCCUUCAGGACUACCCCCCCACCUCCGCCCCGAGUUUCACGUUCCGGGAGGGGAGGUAAUAAAAUGGUUGGAUCCGU